AAAUUAACAUCCUCUGUGAUACCUGUGAAAUGCCUAAAGAAACAAAUUUAAAUUUAUUGAACCACGCUAAGAAAGUUGAACACAAAGAAUUUAUAAAUGAUUUGGAAUAUAAUAAACGUAUUUGGAAGGUGCCCUGGUUUAUAUUGAUAAUGUGCUUCCUACAGAUCUCUUUGUAUUGGAUUGCCUGCAUGCGCCAGCAAUUAAUGUUUAUGCCGGAAACAAUCAAUGAAUAUUGGAGAUAUUUCACUUAUAUGCUGCUGCAUUCGGAUGUGUUGCAUUUGUCGAUGAAUGUGUGUCUGCAGUUCGUUAUUGGUUUUUGUUUGGAAAGUGAACAAGGUCAUUUGAAAGUAGCAUGUAUUUAUGUUAUUGGCGGAGUUGCUGGUUCAUUGGCCACUCUUUAUUUGCAGCCACAACUGUCACUAAUGGGUGCUUCAGCCGGUGUCUAUGCCAUGUUGAUGAGCCACAUACCACAUUUGCUAAAGAAUUUUCAUAAUUUGCCCUAUCGUUAUUUGCGUAUUUUGGCUCUGGUGAUUUUAUUUAUAAGUGACAUGUGUUUUACCACAUUCCAUGUUCUCAUCAAUCACAAUACGAAUCCACGUAUUUGUUUGGAAGCUCAUGCAGCCGGUGCCAUUAGCGGUGUGGUGUUUGGAUUUUUAAUAUUUAGUGCAAACUAUGCAAAGACUUUGACAAGAAGGAGACUGAGGGCUGAAGGCAGAGGUUGUGAUCAAACAGUAUGACGACUACAAAACACAAUGAAAUUAUUAUUUAAAAUUUCCAGAUAAUCAAUUCAAUCUCUACUCAAUGAUCGAUUAUUGCUGUAGUUAAAAUUAGUUUUAAUUUUAAGGCAGGAAAUUAUCAUUUAUUUAUGGAGAAAAAAUAUUUGCAUGAAUAGUUUUGAUAGGUAUGCUUAGGUAGGUUUAAUUUGUUUAUUACUUAUUAGUAGUUCAUAUAAAAUUUAAUUAUAAUACAACAGUUUUUAUUUUUGUCUAUAAUUUUUGACACUUUCAUAUGAAUUUGUUUAUGAUAAUUAAAGUGUAAGUCACGUAAUUGUUUAACCAGUUGUUUGUACAUAUGUUUCACUUUCAUUUAGCAUACGUUUUAGUAUUGUAUGAAGAAUAUACUUGUAUUUAUGCAGUAAUAAUGUUUUAUUUUUAUUGUUUAAUAACAUUAGGGGUAAUCACAGUAUGUGCUAGUUUUAAGAGAAACGUGGUUAAAACAUUAACCAUUGCAUAAAACAUAUGAAUAUACUCAUUUUAUGACACUAUGAUAAAUAUAACUAUAAAUUCCUUAAUUAGUUAGUAGGUUUCUUAGUCAUUAUUGUGUUUCUUACUAAACUCUACCAAUCAUAAUUUAUUUUGUUUUAAUACACAAAAUCGUGUUGAAAAUAUAAAA